GUCUGGCUGUCACACACACGACAACCAACGGACUCAUUGAUUAAAAAAAAAUAUCCCACCGCCCGUUAUUUACCUUCCUAACCUCCGAUUCUCUCUCUCCUCCCCUUCCCCUUCAUAACACCGACUUCGGACACACUCUCUCCUGUGUCUUCGUCUCUCUCCCUCCUCUCGCCGUUCCUCCCAAAACCCCUUGUAAGCGCAGCGGCAGAUCUCGCUUCGUUUCCGGCACCUCCGUCGCGACAAUGAGAGAGAUCCUGCACAUCCAGGGAGGCCAAUGCGGCAACCAGAUCGGCUCCAAGUUCUGGGAGGUCAUCUGCGACGAGCACGGCGUUGAUCCUACCGGAAGGUACCGCGGAGACGCCGGCUCCGAUCUCCAGCUCGAGAGGAUCAACGUCUACUACAAUGAGGCCUCCGGCGGGAGGUACGUCCCCCGCGCCGUCCUCAUGGAUCUUGAGCCCGGUACCAUGGACAGCAUCCGAUCCGGCCCCUUCGGCCAGAUCUUCCGCCCUGACAACUUCGUCUUCGGCCAGUCCGGCGCCGGCAACAACUGGGCGAAAGGACAUUAUACCGAAGGAGCUGAGUUGAUCGAUUCCGUUCUCGAUGUUGUUCGCAAGGAAGCCGAGAAUUGUGAUUGCCUUCAAGGUUUUCAGGUGUGCCACUCUCUUGGAGGAGGAACUGGUUCUGGAAUGGGAACCCUUCUCAUAUCAAAGAUCAGGGAGGAAUACCCUGAUAGGAUGAUGCUCACAUUCUCCGUUUUCCCUUCACCGAAGGUCUCAGACACCGUUGUGGAACCAUACAAUGCCACUCUUUCGGUGCACCAGCUGGUUGAGAACGCCGAUGAAUGCAUGGUUCUUGACAACGAGGCACUUUAUGACAUUUGCUUCAGGACCCUAAAGCUCAGCACCCCAAGCUUUGGUGACCUGAACCAUUUGAUAUCCGCAACCAUGAGUGGUGUGACAUGCUGCCUAAGGUUCCCUGGACAGUUGAACUCGGACCUCCGGAAGCUGGCUGUGAAUCUCAUCCCAUUUCCACGUCUUCACUUCUUCAUGGUUGGGUUUGCACCUCUCACCUCUCGUGGAUCCCAGCAGUACAUCUCCCUUACCGUGCCGGAGCUGACUCAGCAAAUGUGGGAUGCCAAGAACAUGAUGUGCGCUGCUGACCCUCGCCACGGACGUUACCUGACAGCCUCAGCUAUGUUCAGGGGGAAGAUGAGCACCAAAGAGGUGGACGAACAGAUGAUCAAUGUGCAGAACAAGAACUCGUCCUACUUCGUUGAGUGGAUCCCUCACAAUGUGAAGUCAAGCGUGUGCGAUAUUCCUCCCAAGGGUUUAAAAAUGGCAUCUACCUUUGUUGGUAACUCUACAUCAAUCCAGGAGAUGUUCAGGAGAGUGAGCGAGCAGUUCACAGCCAUGUUCCGGCGCAAGGCCUUUUUGCAUUGGUACACUGGUGAAGGCAUGGACGAGAUGGAGUUCACCGAAGCAGAGAGCAACAUGAAUGAUUUGGUUGCCGAGUACCAGCAAUACCAAGAUGCAACCGUGGAGGAUGAGGGCGAGUACGAGGAGGAAGGUGCCGAAGAGCAUUACGAGGACUAGAACAUGCCGGCAAUCACAAAUCAGGACCGGAAGAAAGGUUUGGCAUGGAAGGGGCGUCCCUUAUUACUUGCUUGUGUACUUGCAUGGUAAAAUCUGCGUUUUUGCUUUUAUCAUUUUGUUGUCUUUGCUUGUGGAUUAUUGUCUCGGCUAAUCACGCAAGAUUAUCACCUUGCUGGAUUAAGUUACAAUUAGUAAAUAAUCUUGUAAGACGAUUUUGUGUGAUUGUUCUUUUCCAAGUAUGGAAUAAAAUUGUAAUUUUUCCAUCA